AUGGAUGUGUGCUUCGCAGCUUGCGCUGUGGCACAAGGCUGGACCAGCACGGCGUGGGUGGUGGCCAAUGCGAGCUUGGUGAAGCGCGAGGGGAGUGCCGCAUUCACGGCUGCUGUAUCUCACAUUCUUGCUUGGGCCAUGCUGUUGGUUGCAGCAACUGGGGUAAACAUUUGGACGAAGACUGGGCCGUCGGAUCUCGUUGACAAAGCGCGACGGGUUGUGUGGAAGCCUGCUUGGAUUGCUGGCCUCGGGUGGAGCUCCACACUCUUCAUGGUGGUGGCAGCAGGACUCUUGGGCGCCGCGCUGGGUCAGGUACUUGUUGUGUCUGGAGAGCUCAGCGCGGCCGUGAUAGCUGAUCUUCGUACGCAGAAGGUCCAGCAGACGGCACAAACAAGUCUCCUCCAUCUCCUCGGACCGCCCAGCUUGGCCCUGACAGGCAUCAUCGUCAGCUUGUUCCAGGAAAUCAGUGGUGUUGGCCAGGCCUCGCUGAUCUCCUUCAUUUGUGUGGCUGCCGGUGCUUUUUUUUGUGGUGUUUGCCUCGUGCUGUGCUCCGUCGGGACGACACAUCUGCGCGAAUUCAUUGGACCUUUCAAUGCGGGGGCAUGGUCUGCAUUUGUCGCCUCUCUGGGGAACAUCAUGAUAUGGGGGGCUAUCGAGAUUGGUCAAUACGCCCAUGUUCAGGUAGACUCCAGCACCGGAACUUUUCUACUGUGGGCGGUUGUGGGCAGCGCCAGCUUCUGGAACUUGAUUGUCGUCACUUUUGUUCCGCCUCGCAUCGGCUUCGCGCGCACUUUCUGCCUCAUCGUCACUGGAAAGGUCACGAGCGGACUCCUCGUUGACGCCACAGGGCUUUUGUCCCCGAGGCGGCCCCUGACUGCAGCCCGUUGCUUGGGAAGCCUCUUGGUCGUCAUUGCUGCCUUGGUGCAGAAGUUGGGCUCAGCCAAGGAGGACAGUCAAGGGCACAGAGCGUACGACAUGGUGGCAAGCGCAACCACGGAAACAGAGGUGUCCACCGAACAGCGGCUUGGCGCUGCACAAGCGCAGAGUCCUGUCCUGCCCUCUGUGAUUGGUGCAGGCGCUGUCGCAUCUUCCAGUGAAUAUGAGGCUUGCGAGCACAAAGAGGCUCACAGAGGCCCUGGCGCAUGA